CACUCACUCACUUUCUCUCUCACACACACACUCACACACACUCUUUCACUCACUCAAACUCACACUUGCACACACACACACACACACACACAUUAAUGCUGUCACCUUUUAUUCCCACCCCAUGCACGCUUUUUACUUAGGCCUACAUUAAUUAUAGAUUUUUAGGGACAUUUUAGGGACGUUACAUAAUUUUCUCACACACAAAAACAUGGCACCUGGAGCCACAUCACAGCAGUGUACUGUUUGCUAUAAACAGAUAGGAAGUGCCUCCAAAUCAUGUAAACACUGUGGAAUAACAGUUAAACAAAAGAAAAGUCUGGAACACCAAAAACUUAAAUUUGAUCACCAGUGGGCAGCCAAAUUAAAAAAAGAUGGAAAUAUUUGCAAAAUCAUGAAUUCUGUUGACUUGAUUCUCCAUAAGUUGGAAUUACUAGGUGUCUCACCAAUGCUCUUCAUUACAACACAGAAAGGCCAGCACCGCUCUACAAAAGUCUUAGUUAAAAGCUCAUACAUUCAGAGCCAUCCCUCAGUUCCAGUUAUGCAGAGGCUUUAUGAGGCUGUUACAAGAGGGAACACCUCUGCCUCUGUGUCCAACACCUCUGCCUCUGCGUCCAGUGACCCUCCGUCUGUGUCCAACACCUCUGCCUCUGCGUCCAGUGACCCCGCCUCGGUGUCCAACACCUCUGCCUCUGCGUUCAACACCUCUGCCUCUGCGUCCAACACCUCUGCCUCUGCAUCCAGUGACCCUCCGUCUGUGUCCAACACCUCUGCCUCUGCGUCCAGUGACCCCGCCUCGGUGUCCAACACCUCUGCCUCUGUGUCCAACACCUCUGCCUCUGCGUCCAGUGACCCCGCCUCGGUGUCCAACACCUCUGCCUCUGCGUCCAGUGACCCCGCCUCGGUGUCCAACACCUCUGCCUCUGCGUUCAACACCUCUGCCUCUGCGUCCAGUGACCCCGCCUCGGUGUCCAAAACCUCUGCCUCUGUGUCCAACACCUCUGCCUCUGCAUCCAGUGACCCUCCGUCUGUGUCCAACACCUCUGCCUCUGCGUCCAGUGACCCCGCCUCGGUGUCCAACACCUCUGCCUCUGCGUCCAACACCUCUGCCUCUGCGUCCAGUGACCCCGCCUCGGUGUCCAACACCUCUGCCUCGGUGUCCAACACCUCUGCCUCUGCCUCCAGUGACCCCGCCUCGGUGUCCAACACCUCUGCCUCUGCGUCCAGUGACCCCGCCUCGGUGUCCAACACCUCUGCCUCUGCGUCCAGUGACCCUCCAUCUGUGUCCAAUGACCCCGCUUCUGCAUCCAUCAACUCCACCACUGCAGCCAAUCACCCUGCAUCUGUGUCCAGCAACUCUGCCUUUGAGACCAGUGGAACUGCUUCUUUGUCAAAUGACCCCACCCCUGCAUUUAACGACCACAUCUCUGUGCCCAACGACUCCGCCUUUACAGUCAAUAUUUCCAAUGUGUUCUACAAGCCAAUAAAAAGAAAGGGGAGACAAAUACAUAAUGAAUGUUCACAUAACAGCCAGGAUGUGUACCAUGGAGAGGUUGUGAGGGAGAGAGAUAGGGAGGGAAGAAAAGAAUAUCUUUUUCGUUGGCAGCCUUGCGCAUCUUGUGGCAAGAAGUGGCGGAGUACAUGGGUGUCCGAGGAUGCUGUACAGUAGUUUGCGAACUAUUUGCUUCUGUUUAAAUUCAUAAACAUUUGACAUAUCAAUGCAUAUAAUGAAAUAAAUACAAAAUAUGAGUAGUAAUUGUGCUUCAAUGAAUUUGUUUUAACAAAUACAUUGUACUUGAACAGUGGAUGCAUGCCUAUGUUAAUCUUGCAAAACAGCAAAGCAUCUAUCACAUAAUACAUCCUACAAUAAAGUAUUGUGUUCUGCAAUGAAGUGUGUUUAAUGUUGUACAUUAAAAAUGGGGUUUCAUUAAAAAAUAAAUUUAUGAUUGAUUUGUAAGAAAGG